CUUUGUUUAACACGCUUGGUGGUGGCAGCGUACUGUUCUGGCUGUGUGAACUCCAUGGUGCAAACAGGCUUCACCUCUAUGCUACGCUUUUGUGGGUCUAAUGAGGUGGAUCAUUUCUUCUGUUACGGCCCUCCCCUGAUUAGUCUGUCCUGCGGUGACACAUUCGUCAAUAACUUUUUGAUAUUUACCUUAUACAGCCUCAUUUUAGUGAGCACUGCACUGAUUGUGCUUGUCUCCUAUGUCUAUAUCAUCUCCACCAUCCUCAGGAUUCAUUCUGCUGAAGACAGACACAGAGCCUUCUCCACCUGCACCUCCCACUUGGUGGUUGUGACUUUAUUUUAUGUGUCCACUGCUUUGAUGUAUGCCCAGCCCACUAGGCUAACUUUUCUGUACCCAAGGAAAAUGGUAUCCAUCUUUUAUACCCUUUUUGCUCCCGUGUUGAAUCUUUUCAUCUACAGCCUCAGAAACAAGGAUGUGAAAGAUGCUUUGAGAAGGACUAUGAGCAAGAAAUGUUUGAAAAAAUGA